AGGGCGGGUACGCAGCGAAGUCUCCGCAGUGAGCGCCGCGACGCCUUCGGAGACGUAUCGUAUGAGACGGUCGAUCGGUGAUCGCCGGUAACACGAGGCGGUCUCAGCUAUCUCUCAAGGACGAUUGUGUUGUGUUUUUGUGCUUAAUUUUUGGUUCUGUCAGACUCGAAGAACAGAUUUCACGGGAAACAGGGAGAUUUCUACGAACGAAGACGAGCACCUGCGAUUUGGUUUCGCAUUGAUAACGAAAAGCAGAAACGAUUUGGCCGGGACACACGGCGGGUUUUUGGAGCUGGAGGAUGUCCAGGCUGCUCUUACACAGAGAUAGGUGAGACUGUGCUGAAACGACACGUGCUCCAGGGAUGCGAGAAAUCGCCGGCCCAUUAGAGUUCCAUCCCGUGAGGCAAGCGUUGCCGAGCGGAGCGUAAAACGAAGCGUAUCCACCUAGGAUUCUUCCAGAAACCAUAAGAGAAUGCAAUCCUCUAGAACGCUGGAGGGAUAAUAAAACAGCAGAGUAUUCCUUAAACGACAAGGCCAUGGGAAGAAGCGCGCGGUUACAUCGAAGAACCUUCGAAUAAAUAUGAAGAAAGAGGAGUUCCACGAGAUUUCACGAACCGAGAGCAAAAAACAUCGUCUACCGUCGAAGGAUCUUCCAUUAUCACAUUUCGGAUGGAACGAGCGUGUUCUCGGUUGUCUUAAUCUCGGUUCGAUUCAUGCAAAUCUCGAAACGACGCGAGAAUCAAAAGAGUAGCGAGCUGUUGAAACUGGAUGUCGUGAACACGGUAAAGAUAACCGAUCGAACGAGAUCGUAUCGAGCCUCCUCGUGAUCUAGCCAAUCGUUUCUCAUGAAAAUAACCGUUGGAAUCGAAGAACGCGGUGAAGCGAACUCAAAGAAACGACGAAGAGUAUAGGAAAGUAGCAUAAGAACGAGAGUAACCCAGUUCUCGUUGACUCGUCGGUUUCAUUUGGAUAUCUCGAUUCCCUUUAUCUUGGUCGAUUUCCAUUCCUGGCGACGAACGUCCCGUCGUUUCACAUCCUCCCACGUCGUGUACAUAAAAAUAUAACGAGCUCCGGCACGGCUUAUGGGGGACAACGGGGGACCAAGGGUAAAAGGGAAGAGGAUAGAGCGAGGCCACGCGAUAUACUCACAGUAUUGGCCGGUAUAAUGUCAUAAAACCUGCAGAACAGUCCAUCUACGUGAGCGGUAAAGCCGUGGACGACGUCCUAACGCUCGGAAUUGGUACACUGCGCAUUCGUUCCGGACACUUUCGACGGUUGCUCUAUGGUAUUCCAUGCUAUAGGCGAGGUCUGCUUCUUCAAAGAAUCAUCGUCCAUCUCGACGAAUUCUCUCGGUCACUACCGGAAUCGGAUAAACGUUUCGUAAACAGUUCUCUCGUGUUUUUAGGCCAGACGAUUUUCGAUAGAUCCAUCGUAAAGCGAGGCAAGAACUAUUUUAUACGAGCGUUACCAUCGUUCGUUGAUUGUGAUCACUUUCAACAAUUGAUGAUACCGAAUAAGGAAGUCAGCGAACUAUCAAAGAUUCUGAAUUUUCCAGUCGUUUCACAUUUAAGAAGUAUACUCAUAAUGGAAUAAAUUCUCUUGUUGCAAAAACUAUUGCCAAUUCCGGCUUUCAAGUCUUGAAGUAAACAAGAUCUCUUAAGAACCAUCAAAACUUUUUAUACGAAGACAAUGCUUAAUCUCCGAUAUUCUUCGUAAAACUAUCAACGAGAUAAACCAAUUUCAUAAAAAUUAUAAGAGUAUCACUACUUUUAUCGUUGUUAUGUCCACGUGCAAGUGUUUCCUGCACUCUUCACUGCACGUUAUCUGAGUACGAAUCACGAAAAAUGGAUCAAGUGCACGUGAAAUCGUCGAGGUCGACCUCGAGGAGCAAUCCGACGAAAAUGGCGUGCGAGAAAGCGAGCAGGCGGCUCAGGACGAUCUUGGUGAAGGCAUCCCGCCUUGGCGUCUCGACGACGGAAGUUGCCAAGCUGCCCAGCGCCAAGAAACUCAUCCCGCAGAGAGAUCACGGAUGGAAGUUGGCGGUGUUCCUCCUGGUGAUGUUCGGCGGUGGCGUGAUCGUUGCGUUAGCCUGUACGGCGAGGAAAGGCUGCUCGAAGCUGGAGGAGAUUAACCCCAUGGUGAGACUCGUCGAAACGCUGUACCUUGGGAACACGCAGUCGCGACAGCCACCGCGGUAUCUAUCGGCCUGGUGAAACCUUGUUAGAG